AUGGCGUCGUUCAGCAUCGACGGGCGGAUCGAACAGCGGUACAAGAUACUGCGCCACAUCGGCAGCGGGGCGUACGGCGUCGUGUGGUGCGCGCUGGACCGCUUGACGCACACCCAAGUGGCGCUGAAGAAAGUCUUCGAUGCGUUCGGCAACCAACAGGACGCGCAGCGGACGUACCGUGAAGUGAUGCUGCUUGACAACCUCCGCCAUGAGAGCAUCGUCGGCCUCAAGAACGUGAUACGCUCCGUGAAUGACACUGACCUCUAUUUAGUCUUUGAGCUCGUGGAGACGGACCUCACCACUAUUCUGCGCCACAAAGUCGUGGAGCCAGUCCACCGAAGGUACCUGGCGUACCAGGUCGUCAAAGUUGUCGCCUAUCUACACAGCCGUGGCGUGAUUCACCGCGACUUGAAGCCCGCAAAUGUCUUUGUGAACUCCGACUGUCGCAUCAAACUCGGUGACUUCGGCCUCGCACGGUGCCUCCACGCGCGGGAUAGCGCCGACGCUUCCGACGACCUAACGGAUUACAUCGCCACACGCUGGUAUAGAUCGCCGGAGGUGCUUGUCAAGUCUUCGACCUAUACAACUGCCAUGGACAUGUGGGCGGUGGGCUGCAUCAUAGCCGAGUUACACACUGCAUCACCGCUUUUCAUGGGGAAUUCGACGCUGCAUCAGCUCUCGAUCAUCAUAAGUGCCGUAGGCGAGCCGAACGCUGAGGAUGUGGACAGUUUAGGAUCCGAAGAGGCGUGGCCCCUUGUGGACGCCCUUCCUGUUAUUGAGAGUGAUCCACUGCAGGAUCAACUAAGCCAAUACGAUCAAGAAGCGGUGGAUCUCAUUUGCAAACUUAUUGUUUUCAAUCCUAAGAAGCGAUUAACGGCGCGUGAGGUUCUCGAGCACCCGUAUUUUGCCCCAUUUGUCACAGAAAAGGAUCUUGAGGAAGACAAGAAAUCUGAUCCGCUCGCGUUGCCGCUUCCAGACGACAAAGACUACCCUGCCGCACAGUAUAGAGAAGCACUGUACGAUGCCAUUGCACAUCGCUUUCGGCGGAGCAUUGGUGUGUAG